GGAAAGGGCGGGCAGACGGCGGCGCGGAGCGGAGCGGCCAUGGCGCUGCUGCGGGGUGUCUUCAUUGUUGCAGCCAAGAGAACUCCCUUUGGGAGCUAUGGGGGUUUGCUGAAGGACUUCUCAGCCACCGAUCUGACAGAACAUGCUGCCCGGGCUGCCUUGGCUGCUGGAAAGAUCUCUCCUGAGAUCAUUGACAGUGUCAUUGUUGGCAAUGUCAUUCAGAGCGCCUCAGAUGCCAUUUAUAUUGCAAGACACGUGGGUUUACGUGUGGGAGUUCCUGUCCCAGUGCCAGCCCUCACUGUCAACAGGCUUUGUGGCUCUGGUUUCCAAUCCAUUGCCAGUGGAUGUCAGGAAAUCUGCCUGAAUGACUCAGAAGUUGUCCUGUGUGGUGGAGCUGAAAAUAUGAGCCAGGCUCCUUAUGCAGUUCGAAACAUUCGAUUUGGAACCAGAUUAGGAGCAGAACUCAAGUUGGAAGACACAUUGUGGGAAGGACUGACAGAUACACAUGUUAAGAUACCUAUGGCAGUAACAGCUGAAAACCUGGCUGCAAAAUACAACAUCACACGUGAGGACUGUGACAGAUAUGCCCUCAAAACACAACAGAGAUGCAAAGCUGCUCAGGAUGCUGGUUACUUCAACACUGAGAUGGCACCAAUUGAAGUGAAAACGAAGAAGGGGAAAGAAAGUAUGCAAAAGGAUGAGCACCCCAAGCCCCAGACCACGAUGGAACAGUUGGCCAAACUCCCCUCUGUCUUUAUAAAGAAUGGCACAGUGACUGCUGGGAAUGCUUCAGGGGUGUGUGAUGGAGCUGGUGCAAUCAUUAUUGCCAGUGAAUCAGCACUUAAAAAGCACAGUCUUAUUCCUCUGGCAAGGAUAGUGGCCUAUCACUCAGCUGGCUGUGACCCUUCCAUAAUGGGCAUUGGCCCUGUACCUGCAAUUACUGAGGUUCUGAAGAAAGCAGGCCUGACCCUGAAGGACAUGGAUUUGGUAGAGGUGAACGAGGCCUUUGCCCCUCAGUAUCUCGCUGUCGAAAAAGUCUUGGGCCUUGACCCUGAAAAAACCAAUGUCAACGGUGGUGCCAUCGCUAUAGGUCAUCCCUUGGGUGCUUCAGGAUCAAGGAUCACAGCUCAUCUGGUCCAUGAAUUAAGGAGACGUGGUGGGAAAUAUGCAGUUGGGUCAGCUUGCAUUGGAGGUGGACAGGGCAUUGCUCUUAUCAUUGAGAACACAGCCUGAGAAGUUCUGGAAACCUGCCUGAAUUAACAGUUCCCUGAGAAACUUCUGCCUUUUGUGACAAUAAAGCAUCACUACGUUUUGUGCCAUUCCUGCAAGGUAAAGGAAUAGCUGAGAAGUCUUGAAUUCUGAACAAAAAAAGAUUCAUCAAUGUCUUUCUGACUGAAGGAAGUGUAACAUCAGUAUCAUUUCACACUAAUGAAGUAUUUUCUAAAAGCCUCUUUUCAAUCAAAGUUAAUGUCUUUCUGUAGGCAAAAUUCAUUUCCUGAGCAAAUUGCCUGUCAAACUUGCACCAAACCUGCCUUAAAAUAGCAGUCAGAGCAGCUAUUUGAGCAAGUAUUACUUAAAUUUAUUGCUGCUGCUGUCUGGCACAUCUGCCUCUUAUCAUCAGGAAAAAUGGAAAUUGAAUUGGAGACCUUCUGAAGUCUUGAAUGAUUGUAGGUUGAUGGCUAUAACCUGUACCCUGCUGUUUUGCAAGGGAAGAGAAAAUGAGCAAAAGCUGAAAUUGCCACUUUGCCUCCCAAAAGAACAAUAAAUGUAACAGGAAAAAAUAAAAAAAAA